AGUGUUCAGUAGUAUUAUAUUCAGAGAGCGCAGUGUUCAGUAGUAUUAUAUUCAGAGAGCACAGUGUGUAGUAGUAUUAUAUAUCUUGAGGGUACAGUGUGCGAUUGUAUUCUAUUCAGAGGAUAAAGUGUGUGGUAGUAUUAUUUUCAGAGAAGUCCGUGUUUGGCAGCAUUAUAUUAAUUAUCAUUUUCAUAUAGAGGAUCAGACUCCGCUGACAAAGUAAUGAACCAAUGCCAUCUGGGCGUCAAGUUCUGCAGAGAGAAGAUUUAGCUGGACCCACUGAAGACUCAUCUACAGCUAUCUUAUUUGUGUUUAUUGUUGACUACUCUACAGAACAGCUAUACAGAAGACUCAUCAACAGCUCUUUUCUUUUGCUUUAUUGUCUACUACUUAUCAGAGCCGCUUUUCAGAAAAUGCCGGGCUGCAUUGUCAACGGUUGCAAGUCAAGGAGCGUAAAAGGCGACCAUAAUAUCAUCAUGCAUUCCUUCCCAAGAGAGAGGGAUCGUAUCAUGGCAUGGCUAUUGGCUACAGAUCAAGAGUUUCCCAAAAUUGAUGAACUGGUUGACCACAUUCAUCUCUCUAAAACGAACAAUUAUCGGCUCUGCUCAGCCCAUUUUAAAACUACUGACUAUACCUUUAAUCCAAAUACAGGAAAACAGAGGCUCACCCCCUUUGCCGUUCCUAGUAUUUUCCCUACACGGGAUAUACAAGUUCAAGCUGCCGAGGCAGUUGAGGCUGAAAUCCUGAAUCCUCAAAAGAGGAAAAGAUUGGAUGAAGACGUAGCUUCAACCAAUGGUUUAAAGCCAGGGGAAAUGUGCCCAACCUGCCGAAAUAUUGUACCUCAUGUUAACCCAACUGAAACGGAGCCACAAGCCUCAGAGAUAACGAAAAAGGAAGCAGCAACUAUAUUUGACAGGAAUUGGGGAACCGGAAAUCAGUGUAUACAAGUAAAACCUACAACUUUCUCUAUAAAAAUACAAUGCAGAAGACUGGUUAGAAAAAAAAUCUUGAGAAAAAAAAAAUCAAGACAAAGCUUGGUAUUUGGAAACCUGCCUUCGGAGCCAUUGCAAGGUGCCAGUGUAAUAUUUUCGACUCCGAAAAAAAAUAUAGGACCAACUGGAUCAGCAACUCUUAACAGUGUACCUGAGUUUCAAGAAAGUUGUAGAGCUAGACACGAACUACUACCUGCCACGCUUUUAUCCAAAUUGACAAUUUGACCCUGAAGUCACUGUUAUUGUGGAGGAAUCUACUCUGCAUGCCCCUAUAUCUGUUUUAGAAGUAGAUAAAAGUUUAUCAACAAUCACAACUCCAGUCUCAACAAAUGAAAGUAGUUCAAGUGAUGAUGAGGGAGACUCAGUUCAUUCAGAUGAUGAAGACUACGAAGAAGAGGACAGUCAGCAUGUGCUGAGUGAAAAAUUUGUAAAUGUAAAUGUACCACAUCAUGAAGAAAGAAAAUUCAUAGUUUAUGAAAGCUGUUUGGACACAUUACUAUACAAGAUGCCUUGUACCUCUAAUCCACCCUGCAACAAAAAAAUACUAAGAGUGUAUAAAAAAACAAAGGGAUCAUAUAUUUCAGUCUUUGCUGAAUGCGAGGCCAAACAUUUAAAACGCAUAUGGCAGAGCCAGCCCUGAUUGGGAAAGAAACCAUUUGGAAAUUUACAGUUAGCUACUGCUAUCAUUACUAGUGGAAACACUUACAUCAAAAUCCAACAGUUCCUAAAAAUAUUUAAUAUUUUGGGAAUUAGCCAGGCUACUUACUACCGUAUCCAAAAAAUAUAUAUAUUUCCUGCAAUUGAAAAUUCUUGGACAAUUAAUCAAAAAUUAGAAAUGGAAAAAAUAUCACAACAUGCAGUAUGUGUUGCUGGAGAUGGACAAUGUGAUUCACCCGGGCACAGUGCAAAAUAUUGUAUAUACACAUUGAUGGAUGUAGAAACUAACAAAAUAUUGAAUUUCAACAUUCAACAAAUCGGUAUUGGUUUAUCCUCUGUUGCCCUUGAAAAAAUAGCGUGCAAGAAUGCCUUGGAAUUUCUACUGCAAAAUAAAGUGGACAUAGACAUCGUUUGCACUGACCGGCACGUAUCCAUCAAAAAAAUGCUGCGUGAGGAAUAUAAAACAAUUGGUCACCAGUUUGAUGUCUGGCACUUAGCUAAAUCUAUUGGAAAAAAGCUACUUGCCGUCAGCAAAAAAAAACAAAAAACUGCCAAGAUUUAGCAGAAUGGAUAGGACCAAUUAAAAAUCAUUUAUGGUGGAGUUCUAAUACUUGUGAAUGCAAUCCAGAUGAACUUGUAAACAGAUGGAACUCUGUCUUGUACCAUGUCACCAACGUUCAUUUUUGGAAGGAUGAUAAUGGUCAGGAAUCAUCUUGUCAUCAUGACCAACUCCCUGAGGACAUUCAGUCCACCCGAAAAUGGUUAAAAAAACAAAGUGCCUGUUAUGUUGAACUUGGAAAAAUUGUCAUGGAUACAAGACUACAAAAAGACCUUAGACAUCUUAGCAACUUUUGUCACACUGGAGAUCUGGAAGUGUUUCAUAGUUCACUAACAAAAUACAGGCCUAAAAGACUUCAUUUUAGUACAGACGGGGUGUGUUCUUGAACACAGCUUGCUGCUCUUGACCAUAAUUAUAAUGUGAAUAGAGUGCAAGCAGUUGUUACAAGAGAGACUGAAACUAGCGGACCUUUAGGCACACCGAGGUACAAUCUUGCCUAUUCAAAAGCCCGGAAAGAGUGGUUUGUACGAUCAGUGUAUGAGCCAACCACUCAGGAAUUCGUCUCGAAAAUCAUGCAGGAUGUAAUGGGACUUGCCGAUGGAAACAUUUCCAUAGACUGGACCUCUCGCCGGUCAACAAUGCCUUCUAAUAUAGCACCAAUUGAAAAACCAGACAAGCAAUCAAUGGUUGAAAAACACCACUCAAGAUUUUAAUUUUUUACUUGUUUGUUAUGUGCUAUAUACUUGUUUAUGUGCUAUAUUGUUUAACAUGCAUAUUCAUGUAUAUUUUCAUGAGUAAAAAAUACUUUUUUUUAUUAAUGGUUUAUUAUUAUAGUGUUGUUUAUUUAAAAAUAUUAUUACUACUUGUUUUUGUGAAAUGUUUUCAUUACAGAAAGUAAAUUUUAAUCAUCAAUUGUUAAAAAAAAAACGUAAAUCAAAAAUAUUCAGUUUCAAAGGAACUAAUAUUUUUUUUAUAUGCCAUAUAAGACUACCUUUAAACAAGGUAAAAUUUUAUAGAAAACCGGGGGUUAUCUCAUACGCCAGGUGCUGCAGCUGGCCGAGAUACAAGGAGUAUGGAUUAUCUAUUUUUCAGUUGGUAUGUAUUUAAAAUUUCUGCUUUAUAUAGCAACUGACAAAUAAUAUCUUCUCUACUUUGAAUUGUUGCCAUCUUGACUAUUUAUUCCACACACAAUUCUUCACUGUUAAACAUGCAAAACAAACACAUUAGGAUCCGCAAU